GGCUAGCGGGGCCCAAGGGGGCGCGGGGCAGCCGAAAGCAACCGGGCCAGGAGCCCCCCACUUCUCCCGUGGCAUCGAGCAAAAGCUGGGCAAGCAUCACCCAUGGUGCAACUGCUAGCGCUGGUGUGGCGGAGGCUACUGCGCAAGCGCUGGGUGCUGGGGGUCGUCUUCGGGGUCUCGCUCGUCUACUUCCUUAGCAGCACCUUCAAGCAGGAAGACCGAGCGGUCCGAGAUCGGAGUCUCCUCCAGGUACAGAAUGAGGACCACCCUAUUGCUUGGAAAGUACAGUUCCAUUCUGGGAACAGCAGCCAGCUGAGUAACCAGUGCAGAAAUUCCAUCCAAGGGAAGCUCCUCAUUACAGACGACCUGGGCUACCUCUGUGAAAGGAGGCAUGUGCUGGUGAACGGCUGUUGCAACGUCGACGCCCCCAGCACAAAGCUGUACAGCUGCGAGACUUGCCUGCCCAAUGGCUGCUGCAGCGUGUACGAGGCAUGUGUUUCCUGCUGCCUGCAACCUAACAAGCAACGUCUCUUGGAGCGUUUCCUGAACCGAGCCGCCGUAGCCUUCCGGAACCUCUUCAUGGCAGUGGAAGACCACUUUGAAUUGUGCUUGGCCAAGUGCAGGACCUCGUCGCAGAGUGUGCAGCACGAAAACACUUACCGCAACCCUAUUGCGAAAUACUGCUAUGGCGAGUAUCCUCCGGAGCUCCUGCUCGUGUGAAAAUGGCGAAGACCUGGAGACGGUUCGAGAGACGGAAGAUGCAGCGGUUCGGAGAACGAAAGGGCAACAGCUUACGUGAACCUUUGGCUGGGGACCCUCUGCCGCAGUUUGCAGCGGCGCCUGCGAAGAACAGUGCCUCUUUAACUGGAAGUUGUCAUUUCCCUGCAGUUAGAACAGAUUGACUCACAUAGAGUACGUAACGCUUGAGCUCAGCCAAAACUAAGAAUGGAGUCUUUCCAAUCCAGUGGGCCUGGCCUGUCGGGCCCCGUGUUCAAUGUAUGCAUGCUGAAAUUGAAACGUAUAGCUCCGUAGAUCAUGAACCUUCUGGACACAGUUAUGAAGAAUGAUGUGUACCCUAAUAGACGAUCAGACACCACCUGGUUUCUUGGGAGGCUUAGCCUGCCCCGUGACACAAACUGUUUAUAUGUAUAUAUGAUGUAUUUAUUGAGAGCCCACGGAAAGUUGCAUUUGCUGAAAUGUACUGAUGAUUUCUGAAGCAGGAAGCCAUCUGGGUGGGCUGCAUUAGAAUGCUGGGAAGCAACGUCGCUGUAAGCCGCGCAGAUGCCAUAUUGGUGCAGAUUGGGUGGCUGCCAGCAGGGGGAGCUCUCACAGUGCAGAUUGGGUGGCUUCCAGCAGGGGGAGCUCCCACAGGCAGCUCUGUGCCACUCAGUGGUAGGGAACUCCGGCACCAUUUCCUACCAUAGUUAGGGGGGCUAUUGCUGGAAAGGCACCGGAUUUGUUUUGUUUCGCCAGGUUGCUCGUCCAUCUUGUCCUGCAAUCUUGCUGCACCAGCAGGCUCCAUUCAUGGGUUUGUACUUUGUGUAGCCCUCCUGCAUUAACACCUUUAAACUAUUGCCGGCGGGGGGGCGGCGUACCAACCAAGUAGGGUAGCCACAUCUGGCUGGAGCUGGAGGUCUCCCAGAAUUACAACUGAUUUGCAUACUGUGGAGCAGGGGCAUCAAACUCACUUGUUACGAGGGCUGAAUCUGACAUAAAUGUGACUUCGUUAGCUGAUGAGCCCCCAGAAGGCUCGCCAGCCCAGAUUAGCACCGGGGCGGGGGGCAGGAUGGCUGCCUCAGCUGGUGAGUCUCCAGUGGGCUUCAGGCCAGAUCCGGAGUGGGGAGGGAAGUUGCCUGGGCUGACUCACAGGCAUGAUAAGCCCUCUCAAGGGGCUGCACCUGGCCUCUCAGGUUACGUGUUUGAUACCCCUGCUAUAGAAGUUGCCUAGAGGAAAUGGCGGACUGCAUGCACCAUAUCCCUGCAGAGCGCCCUUUCUUCUCCAAGCUCUGAGCUUCCCAAUCACUACCCAAACCCUCCAGGAAUUACCCAAACUGGAGCUUGCCACUCUACAACCAAGGUGUGGCAAGCAGCAUCCGUGCCCCCACUUUGAUACAAUCUCUGGGUUUUGAAUGGGCCGUUUCCAGUUGGAGCUGAUAACCGAUUCCUCUGCUGGUGGACAAACGUGGGAUUUAAUUAUUAAGACUGCUACGGAUGUGACAAGAGCAGCUUUCCCCAGAACUAACUGGACUGUCAGUUCCCUAGGUGGAAAGUGGUUGUUUGCAGCAAUGUGCCAAUGCUGAGCAGGUAGGGAAUGGCAAUGAAUGGGGUACUGCACGUGUGGUACUUGGUUUGCAAAUGUUGGACUUUGAAAGCUGAGCUCUCUCCUCCCAAGGCACCCACGGUUGGGUCUUGCAAUGAAUCAUGUCAUGGUCUGGAUGGCCUGCUGCAGGUUCCGAACUAGCAGGUGAAAUCUCCGGCCCCAGAAUACCUUUGAUGUUAAUGGAACCCUAUCAUUUGUUCCAAGAGUAUGUUUGUGUUCUCCACCUUCUUGAUGUACUCCGUGUCUUCUGAAAAAAAACAACACAAUAUGGAUCUGAAUUUUGAAUGGGGAGCCAUAUGGGCCCGGGGGGGGUGGGGGGAGGCAGUUGGGAAGUUGUGGGCCUCCUAGUUGCUGCUAUGCGAGGCAGACGUGAACUUUUCUAGGAGGCUUGAAAGUCUGAUUUUCCUCCUGUUGUAUGGUGCACAUUAAAAAUACACUCCUUUGUAAGCUGAA